GAAUUAUCACAUGGAUUAUUUUCUCUUGGGAAUUUCAAUGUUUUUUUUUUUCAACAGAAUCCAAAUUCCACAUCUUGAUUAACUCCUGGCUUGCUUUAAAAAUACUUAUCUAAGUACUUGUCAGAUAUAAACUUGCUGGGCCAUACUUACAGGUAAUCAAUACCUAACCUAUAGAAGUCUUGAAUAAUGACUUAGAAUCAAAGUUACCUCAUCUAAAUUUAGAUCUCCUCAGUAUCGGCAAAGACCCUUAGUACUGAGCAUAGUCGAGUGGUCAAUUCCUAUAACAUUCCCAGAUAUUCAACUUUUCCUAUUUACGCUUCGAAUGGGUAAAGUGGAUUAUUAAAGUGUUAAAGUGACACGGGCAAGGCACUUCAUGGAACUUGGUUAUAUAUUUCUUCAAAUCAUCCUCCUCUUUCUUUUCUUAAGACGUCAUGAAAGCCCGUCUGGCAGGGUCGCUUGCGACUCUCAAUACGCAAGGACAAGCCACUGUCCAAACCCGGUAUUCCUAAGAUGCGGGUCACAUAAAGACGUUUGCCUGGGAUGGAGUAUAAAUCACCUUCAUCUUCGUCCACGAUCUUUUCUCCAACAAACCGGUGAACAGCACUUUCCUCCGCCACCACCACAUUUUCGCAAAGACGACAAGGCGUCCGAUGGUUCCGAAAAGUAACCGGGAGAACCUUCAAGGAAUUAGAGACAAUGGAUAUAGAUUUUUAGGGGGUCAGACAGCAUCUACUCUACGCCAACAUUUCGAGAGGCACAUGCGCUAGGCUAGUAGAGAGCCAGGCGGGCAUCAACCACCUUUACUUGAUCUCCAUGCGUCAACUUUACAUUACUUCGAGAAUAGACCCUCAUGCAUUGGGCUUUGCUUUAGAAGACUAUUUCGGGUACGAUAUGGCAACUUGGGUUGGAUACCUAGUAUUUUACUUUCUAAUAGGUACUUCAUUCACUUAAUUUCACUUUCAUUAUAUACCCG